CGUCGCCCAAUCUUCCUACAAAAUGGACAAGGAAGUCGCCGUGCUGCAGCGUAAACUCGAAGCGGAGCUGAAAAACUUCAAGGACACGCAGCGAGAGUUCUCGAAGCUUGUGCAAACGCAGCAGCAGCUCGAUGGGCAGUACUUCGAAAAUAAGAGCAUUCUGGAGGAGCUGCAAAUGCUGAAGCCAACCAACACGGUGUACAAACUGUACGGCCCAGUGCUGGUGAAGCAGGAUCUCGAGGAGAGCAAGCAAAACGUCGGCAAGCGCAUCGAGUACAUCACGAAGGAGCUGAAGCGGUGCGGGGAGAACAUUACGCAGCUGGAAGCGAAGCAGGACAAGUACCGUGCGAACCUGCAGAAGCUGCAGAUGCAGUACCAGAGCCAGAUGGCGAUAGCAAAGCAGUAGUGUCGCACGACCGUUGCAGAUAUCAGAUAUCAUCCAGCACGCUAACCAUUGCAAUCAUUUUCCGGAAUAAAUCGGGCACGCACCAUCUUCUGGCUUGAGCUAUCGAA